GCGAUAUAUGUGAGCAACACAAUAUUGCAAGGACACCUACAAUGUUCCCACUCUGCCACCGCCCCUGCCCAUGUGAUUACUGACUAUUACUCGCUUUAGUGCUUCGAAAGCACUAGCGAGGUUCUAUCUUGACCUCAGACCAACAUCUCAAAUUCGACCUUGGACGUUAUCAUGACAAGCGUUUUGCCACCCUUCGUUCAGGCAGCAUCAGGCUCACUAGGAGCAGCGAGCGCUAAUGCGCUGACUUACCCACUCGACCUCAUCACCACCCGUAUACAGGCCACGGAGAAGGACACAUCCAUACGCAAACAAAUACAUACCUAUGGACUAUCAUCGCUAUACGACGGCAUUGGGGCAGACACCAGUGCUACCCUACUUUCAAGCUUUCUGUAUUACUACGUGUAUUCCUUCCUGCGAGCACUCGUUGUUCGCGGAAAUGGAAAAUCGAAAGCAGCCAUGUUAUCUCUCCCACAGGAGCUUGCAAUUGGUUACCUAUCAGGCAUUGCUAGCAGAUCCAUCACGACACCUCUCAAUCUCGUUACGGUGCGCUUGCAAACCGCUCGAGUGAGCGAUGAUUCUUCACCACAAGGAGGAACGUCACGGUUCACGGCAGUUUGCAAACAAAUACUUCGGGAAGAGGGGUUACGGGGAUUCUGGAAAGGGUUCUCGUCCAAUUUUGUGCUCUCGCUCAAUCCCGCAGUCACACUCUAUCUGUUCCAGCAGUACAGAAGUGUAAUGCUGAAGGGGAAAGAACGCGCCUCCCCACCCCCAGGCCAUUCCUUCGUAGGGGGCGCGCUUGCAAAUUCCAUAGCCGUCAUUAUGUUAUACCCGCUGCUGCUCGCAAAGACUGUCGUACAAGCUUCUCGUAGAUCUAAUUCAACCAACAGUUCGUCACAGGGCCCGUCAAUACGGUCAUCGCUCCAAGGAAUAUAUACCACUGGCGGAUUCUUCGCCUUAUACCGUGGUCUGGGUGCGCAGUUGUUCAAGGGCAUACUGAGGCAAGGGACGGCUAUGAUGGUGAAACAGAGGAUCGAACAACUAGUCGUACAGGCCUAUCUCAGACAGAGAGCACUGCGUCGCGUCCAACAUAAGGGUUAAAUAGGCAGACCAAAAACUUCAUUGUUAUCUCAAGUGCUG